AAACUUCUAGACAGAAUGUCCGACGAUGUUGACACCACAGCUCUUGUUAUGGACAAUGGCUCCGGCAUGGUCAAGGCCGGCUUCGCUGGUGACGACGCUCCCCGCGCCGUCUUCCCCUCCAUCGUCGGCCGUCCUCGUCACCAGGGUGUGAUGGUCGGUAUGGGUCAGAAGGACGCCUACGUCGGUGAUGAGGCCCAGAGCAAGAGAGGUAUCCUGACUCUCAAGUACCCCAUCGAGCACGGCAUCAUCACCAACUGGGACGACAUGGAGAAGAUCUGGCAUCACUCCUUCUACAACGAGCUGCGUAUUGCUCCUGAAGAGCACCCCGUUUUGUUAACAGAAGCCCCUCUCAACCCCAAGGCCAACCGUGAGAAGAUGACACAGAUCAUGUUCGAGACCUUUGCUACACCUGCCAUGUACGUGGCCAUCCAGGCCGUGCUGUCCCUGUACGCCUCUGGUCGUACCACAGGUAUCGUGCUGGACUCCGGUGAUGGAGUGUCCCACACUGUCCCCAUCUACGAGGGUUAUGCUCUUCCCCACGCUAUCCUUCGGCUUGACCUGGCUGGCCGGGACUUGACUGCCUACCUGAUGAAGAUUCUCACUGAGAGAGGCUACUCCUUUACGACUACUGCUGAACGGGAAAUUGUUCGUGACAUAAAGGAAAAGCUAUGUUACGUCGCACUUGAUUUUGAAAGUGAGAUGAAUAUUGCCUCCUCCUCUUCAAAUCUGGAAAAAUCCUACGAACUUCCUGAUGGUCAGGUCAUCACCAUCGGUAACGAACGUUUCCGUUGCCCAGAGUCCUUGUUCCAGCCUUCCUUCCUGGGUAUGGAAUCUGUUGGUAUCCAUGAGACCGUCUACAACUCCAUCAUGAGGUGCGACAUUGAUAUCAGAAAGGACUUAUUCGCUAACAAUGUACUCUCAGGUGGCACUUCAAUGUACCCUGGUAUUGCUGACCGCAUGCAGAAGGAAAUCACAGCUCUGGCUCCAGCUACCAUUAAGAUCAAGAUCAUUGCUCCUCCCGAGCGUAAGUACUCCGUCUGGAUCGGUGGCUCCAUCCUGGCCUCUCUGUCCACCUUCCAGACCAUGUGGAUCACCAAGGAGGAGUACGAUGAGUCCGGCCCAGGCAUCGUCCACCGCAAGUGCUUCUAGAUU